AGACAGGACUGUUUACCACCAAGUUUGAGACAGGACUGUUUACCACCAAGUUUGAGACAGGACUGUUUACCACCAAGUUUUAGACAGGACUGUUUACCACCAAGUUUUAGACAGGACUGUUUACCACCAAGUUUGAGACAGGACUGUUUACCACCAAGUUUUAGACAGGACUGUUUACCACCAAGUUUGAGACAGGACUGUUUACCACCAAGUUUGAGACAGGACUGUUUACCACCAAGUUUUAGACAGGACUGUUUACGAAGAGAAUUGAACUUGAACUUAGCACACUAG